AAAUGUCUCUCCACUUGAUCAAAUGUUUUGAUGGUGAAUUAACCAUCAGAAGGAAGACAGACUCUCAUCCAGAUUUUUGGAAUGCCCUGGAAAGAGAUGAAUACUUUAUAAAUUGUUCCAAAGAUGUUUUACAGGUAUUAUCAUAUUGGAUUGUUUAUGGAAAAUACAUUUCCGAUAUGAAUCAUUCAAAAUUGGGAUUGAAAUGUGUUGCUGAAUAUUUCGGAUUGGAAUUAUUGAUUGUGGAUGUGGAUUUGGAUAAUCAUAAUUUUGAGAAGGUUUCUGUUGUAUCAAAAGGUUCUCGUAAGAGUGCAAAUCUUCAAGGAAACAAACAAAAGAAGGCGAAACCUAAUGAAAGAUUAACAAGCAUGAUGGAUGAAGUUUCAGAUCAUGUGAUGAUCGAAGGAGGAAACUCUACAAAUGUGGCAGACAGUGACUCGACAAGUGUGUCAUCUGAACCAAUCUCAAAUGAAACGAGUUCUCAACCUGAAAGAAAGCUCACCAAUCAAGAAAAAGCUAAACUUAAAUUACAAAAACAACAGCAAGCAACCUUGGAAAAACAAGCCACAAGACGAGCUCAAAAAGAAGCAGCUUCCUCAUCUAGAACUGUUGCCAAUGCAUCAAGCAGUAAUGAUAAUACUCCAAUGCAUCAAGUAUCAAAUGAGAUGCAUGAUGAGGAUAUGCAAUGCAUGCUAGGUUCCAAGCUAGUUACAUUGAAUAUUGAAAAAAUGAAAGAAUCUGGAUCUGCACUCUUCUCACAAGUUGCUGAUCCAUCAGAGGGCUUUACAGUUAAGGUUAAUAAGAGAGGAAUACCAGUAAUUUUCGAUGCAGUUCCUGAGGAAUAUGUCAAACCAAUUGUGGAUUUUAUCAAUACUGGAAUAGUUCCAAGCUCUAUUCUAUCCAAACCAGCAUCAUUUAAAUUUGGACUUGCUGAAAUAGCCAACGUUCUUUCACUUCAAUCCAUCUAUUCUCAACUCCCUGGAUUAUUUAUUGAUUUUUGUACUAUUUUAGAACCAGAGGAACAAUUAGUGUUGGGAUCAUUUAUUGCCAAGAAGAAUAUGCCCUUCUUAAAGACGGGUACUUGGAAUUUGGGGUGCUCAAUAACUUCUCCUCUAACCACACCUAAAUCUCUCAUUUAUUUCUUUACUCAAAAUCCAACACUUGUGAUUAUUCAAACAAACGAUGAGAAAAAAUAUGGAGCUCUUCUUUGUGCCUACGUAAAGUCUAAGGGAACUCCUCAACAUUACAAGUAUGACUUUAUAUUUGACAUUUUGUUUGAUGAAUUUCAAAUACAUACCAUCAAAAAUCCAAUAUCUUGUCCUCACAAACUGUAUUCGCAAAAUGCUGAUGAAGUUAUUGAUUUGGGUGGAAUAUCAGUAUUGAGAAAUCCAACGACCAACAAUCUGUAUGCCACUAUGAACAACGGUGCAUUUAAUAUACCUGAUGAUCAAUUAACUGAUUUUGAAGUUAAAAAGAUUGAAGUUUUCACAUUUUAUUAAAAUUAUUAUUUUGUUUGUCCAAACUCUUUAAAAUUUUGUAAUAGAAUAAAUUUGGAGAAUUUUAAAAAUAAAAAAUUAAAAAAAAUGAGUUAAAACUGUGGGCUCGUUCUUGAUAGGUAUUGUGUUUGGAGUCGUGAUUUUUGGACCACAGACAGUAAUGAAUUUCUAGUUUCAGUGGUAAAAAGUGGAUAAAUAGAAAAUGUAAGACUAUGAAAUCAAAAAGAAAUUGCUGCGUCGACCGGGAAUUGAACCCGGGUCACGGCGAUGGCAACGCCGUAUUCUACCACUAAACCAUCGACGCUUCUUGUUAAGGUGCUAAGGAAUGUGGUUUUGAAUUAAGGUAAAUAAAUUCUUCACUCUAAAGAAGAAAUUUGGGUAAACAGGACAGGCUUAAACAUGGAGAGUUUACCAACUCAAUUUCACAAUUAUCAGAAUUCAAAUUCGCACAAUCACAAACUAUAAACACCUUUAAAUUAGGAGCGUUUAAAUGCAAUUUGAUUCUUAUAUUAUUCAACUUGUAAAUGUAGCAAUAUUUUAGAGAUUCAUGACAAUUCUCUGAUUUUGCUAUUAUAAAAUUAUUUAAAGUGGAAUCGCUAAUAGAAAAAUUUUCUAGUUUUGGUAAUAAAGAUAAAUCCAAUUCCUCAAUAAGGCAUCCAGUGAGCUCCAACAGUGUAAGGGUCGACAACAGAGGAUAGGUAGGUUCAUAUGGGAUGUGCAAUCCAUGUAGUGAAAUUGUGAAAUUGCAAGACAGUUCAAUAUUCAUAUUUCUCAAUUUCUUUC